CUUUUUCUGAUCUAUAAAUUAUCAACUUAACCUUAAUUUCGUACAAUUCGAAUUUGAGAAAUGGCAGACAAACUCAAAAAAAAAAUUGUGGUUUCUGAUGAAAGCAGCGAAGAUGAAAAUGAGUUAGACCUUCCUUUGGAAAAAUUGAAUUUGGGUCCUAAAAAGAAACUUCUCGUUCUCUGUCUUGGCGGAGUACUUACACAUAGAGUGCAUGUUAGAGAUAAGCACACGGUUCGUGGAUUGAAACCUGAUGUCACCUACGGAAAAUUUCUCGUUUUCAAGAGGCCGUUUUGUACCGACUUCAUGAAAUUUUGCUUUGAACGAUUUGUGGUGGGCUUGUGGUCGUCUGCUAGAGACCAUAACAUUGAUGGUGUUUUGAGCUGUAUCACUGGACCUGGAAUGAGAAGCAAGUUAGCUUUUGUAUGGAGUCAAGAUGAAUGUACAGAAUCUGGAUUUUACUGCCUAAGGAAGGAAGAAAAGCCUCUGUUUCUUAAGAAUUUGAAGGAUCUCUGGGAAAAGAAAUACCGAAGUCUUCCCUGGGAGAAGGGACAAUAUUCAUCUUUAAAUACAUUGUUGGUUGACGAUGAACCCCACACGUGCCUGUUGAAUCCUCCUGAUACUGCGAUAUUUCCCCAACCGUACAAAAAGCCCGACCUCAAAGAUACACUUCUAGGGCCAAAUGGUGAAUUACGAGGCUUUCUGGAAGGACUUACUGAUGCAGACAAUGUUCCUACUUACGUGAAAAAGCAUAGAAUCGGACAGCUUGCUAUAACACCUUCACACCCCGACUGGAGUUACUAUGCCAAGGUCGUUCGCCAUUUUGGCAAGAAAGAUGAAGAAAGAGAUGAUAAUACUAGUGAAUGAGAACUAAUCUCUAAACAGCUUUGGAUGCUGCGAUCCAAAAUUAUAAUAAAUGUGUGAUGCAACAUAUCAGUGCUUUUUGUAUUUGAACUUGGCUGUUGGAAAUUAUAUAUUAAGAACUUCUAUGCUAUU